AUGACUACGGCUGAUCGAAUUGGUGUUCCUGAUCUCACUGGAAUAUGGGAACUAAAUCGAAAACUAUCAACCGAUCCGGAAGAAAUCUUCACUUUGCAAGGCGUGCCUUGGUUCAUACGAAAAGCCUUGCGACAUGCCCGACUUUCGCUGGAAAUUAGUCAGACUACCUCGACACCCCUAGCAGAUGGCCUCGACCGCGAGGAAGGCUCCAACGGAAAGGUCGCAUUGGACGAGGCCAUCAAACCGGUCACAAAUCUCCGUUUAAAGCAAAUUGUCAACCCUGGCGGUUUUGACAGCGAAGGAUACUUCACUGUUGAUGGAAGUACCCAGGAACUAUCAUUGCCUAUCUUCGGAGAUAUUCGCACUCAAAUGAAGUUCAUAGAUCUAUCUGAGAUCCAGGAUGAUUCAAUUCGGCAAACAUUUCGCGCGACCAGCUGCGGCAACAUGGCAAUCCAAGAACUGGCCCAAAAUACCUCAAAAGGGUGGGAAGCGGAAGUGAUUUGGGGAUUUGAGAACAUUGACGGAAAGAAAUAUUUCACUAGAAAUGUUAGUACAGUCAAAGAUGAGAAGAAAGUCAUCGGGAAGAUGGUCUAUGACGGUUUAAGUGGAUGUUAG